ACAGGGUUCAGGUGGUGUUGCCCUUAGCGGACGUCAGCGAAAUGGUAGGUAUUGUAUUGUGUAGUUUCUUUCCACCUUGACGAUGAAAUUAACUUAGAGCGAACGUUUGCGUUAUUUUUAUAACAUGCUUCAAUAGACGGAUAGUGAGACUAGUAGUUGUAUGGUUGUCGGUUGCCGUUGCGUAUUGCAAUUGAUAUUUUUGCAGGUUGUGGACAGUAGUACCAUUCCCUCUGCCCAUACUCAUUUAAGAUAGGUAGUUAGCUUGCUCUCAUUUUCUUCAGCCGUCUCUGGGGACAUAAACUUGGGGAAAACAAUAGAGCAACGCUAUUUAUGCAAAGAUACUGGACAUUGUCCGGAAACUCUAGCUAGGAGCUCUGUUGAUGACUCGAGCAGUACAAAUUGUGUUGUAGGUAGCCCACCUGGCAAACAUUUCAUUUACCGAACAACUAAAAUUAUUUGUAUGAUAGGUACAGGGUUUUUAAUGAGACCAUUUAUAAGUUAUAAUUUACUAAGGAGUUGUAAUUAAGUCUGCUAGAUUGUAAUAAGAUGACUUGAGACGAAACUGACUCAUGUUGUGGCAGUUUCUGAAUCUCCAACUACUUUUAACUAGUAGUCAGAUCCUGGAAUUCUUUGCCAACUGAAGUGUCCUAAGUAGCUACCCAGAAGUCUUUAAAAUGAAAACUUGACGUACUAUUGGUACCGCAGGAUAGUUCGAACUAAAGUUUACUAGUAUCUCGAUAAUCUGCUAAAUAUACCUACGUUUAUACCUGAAGGUAUCUGUAAUCCCCCUCUUCUAGAUACGAGUGCAUUAAGGGGAAGCUUGUAUCCCAUCCACAAUCAUUUAAACCGCUAACCCAUCGCCUUAAGCGUGUAUCCACACGCUAUUUUAAAAGUUUGGUCGGUAUUUGUCUAGUUUAUAUGCCAUAGAGAAAUCUAAUGAGGGGUCCAAAAUUCACGUGCGCUACAAUACUUGAGCUAAAAAGUACAAUCUUAUUUUAACCAUAAUUAUUCGUGGCUGUCACCUUGGCGUGCUAGAUUCUGUUUUUUGAACUUGAAGACUAAGUGUAUUGGUCGUUGCAUAUCUAGUCAUCAACGAAUUGUCGACUCAUCCAUAACGUCAUCCUCUACUUCACCUCUUCAUGUGCUUCCUAGUUUGUUUACAUUUAUUUCCUGGCGAGUUGCUCGUGAGUACCUUGAAGGAAACAAUGUUUUUUGAAUUUCCUGUCCUAGGUGAAAUUCACAGUUGAUGAGUUGCGUCGGAUGAUGGAUUAUAAACGGAAUAUUCGCAAUAUGUCCGUUAUAGCACACGUAGAUCAUGGGAAGUCCACACUUACAGAUUCGCUUGUCUGCAAGGCCGGCAUUAUUGCUGAUUCACGUGCUGGAGAUGCUCGGUUUACAGACACACGGAAAGACGAACAAGAAAGGUGCAUCACUAUCAAAUCAACAGCUAUCAGCUUAUAUUAUGAAAUGUCUGAUGAAGACGUCCAGAGCGUUAAAGCAAUUCAGCCAAUUUCUAUUAACUCAGAAGGAAAAGAAGAAAAAGGGUUUCUCAUAAACCUCAUAGAUUCACCAGGGCACGUCGAUUUUUCCUCAGAAGUCACUGCAGCCCUUCGUGUAACAGAUGGAGCUCUUGUCGUUGUUGAUUGUGUAUCAGGUAAUUUGCUUUUGAUUGAUGGUAUUUUUUAGGUGUCUGUGUACAAACCGAAACGGUUUUGCGUCAGGCUCUCACAGAACGCAUCAAACCAGUAUUAUUUAUGAAUAAGAUGGACAUGGCAGUCACAACUCUGAAUUGUGACAUGGAAGAACUUUAUCAAAAGUUCCAGAGGGUGAUUGAAAACGUCAACGUCAUAAUUUCGGAGUUUGAAGUAGCUAAUAACUCAAUGGGUGAUCUUACGUUAAAUGUUGCAAAAGGAACUGUAGGUUUCGGUUCCGGUUUGCAAAGUUGGGCCUUCACAUUGAUGACAUUUGCUAGACUUUACUCAAGCAAAUUCGGAAUUGAACCAAGUGUAUUGGUUAAACGUUUUUGGGGUGACAACUUCUACAACGCUAAGACAAAAAAAUGGACUAAAGAAAAACCAGCUUCUGAUGGCGUUCGUGGCUUUAACCAGUUUAUAUUGUCGCCAAUCUACAAGGUUUUCGAUACUAUCAUGAGGAAAAGUAAGGAUGAACAGAUCGAAUUACUAACGAAGAUGGGUGUAACGCUAAAUGAAGCUGAGUUAUCUCUUCCUGACAAACAAAGACUGAAAACAGCAUUACAUAAGUGGCUUCCUGCUGGCGACUCACUUCUGCAAAUGAUAUGCAUUCAUCUCCCUAGUCCUGUCACUUCACAGCAGUACAGAGUAGAAAUGCUUUACGAAGGACCCAUGGAAGAUGAAGCAGCUAUUGCAAUGAAAAACUGUGAUCAGAAUGGUCCAGUCAUGAUGUACAUUAGUAAAAUGGUGCCGACUUCAGAUAAAGGUAGGUUUUAUGCGUUUGGCCGUGUGUUCUCUGGUACAAUUGGAACAGGACAAAAGGUAAGAAUAACUGGCCCCAACUACGUUCCAGGGAAAAAAGAAGAUCUUUAUGAAAAGACUAUUCAACGAACUGUACUUAUGAUGGGACGUUCUACAGAAGCGAUUGAGGAAGUUCCAUGUGGAAACAUCUGUGGGCUAGUGGGAGUGGAUCAGUUUAUUGUUAAAACUGGCACCAUUACAACAUUUGCGGGGGCUCAUAACUUGAAGCAAAUGAAAUUUAGUGUCAGUCCUGUAGUCCGCGUUGCAGUUGACUGUGUAAAUCCUGCUGAUUUGCCAAAGCUUCUUGAAGGCUUGAACCGUCUUGCCAAAAGUGAUCCUAUGGUCCAAAUAAAGAUGGAGGAGUCGGGCGAACACAUCGUCGCAGGUGCCGGCGAGCUACAUCUUGAAAUUUGCCUCAAGGAUCUCAGGGAAGAUCAUGCUUGCAUUCCUUUAAAAAUAAGUAAUCCCGUCGUUUCAUAUCGCGAGACAGUAACAGAAGAGUCAAACCAAACAUGUCUGUCAAAAUCCCCCAACAAACAUAAUCGUCUGUACAUGCGUGCCUUACCUUUAUCAGAAGAGUUAGCAAAGGACAUUGAUGACGGAAAAGUCAGUGCUAAUCAAGACGUGAAAGAUCGUUCUCGUUAUCUAAUAGACAACUACGGAUGGGAUGCUACAGAAGCUAGGAAGUUAUGGUGCUUCGGUCCAGAGAACGCAGGACCUAAUGUUGUGGUCGAUACCACCAAGGCAGUUCAAUAUUUAAAUGAAAUAAAAGAUAGCGUUGUCGCUGCAUUCCAGUGGGCAACUAAAGAAGGUGUUCUUUGUCAAGAACACAUGCGUGGAGUCCGUUUCAAUCUCAUAGAUGUAGUACUUCACGCAGACGCUAUUCACCGUGGAGGUAAUCAAAUCAUAGGUACAGCGCGUCGAUGCUUCUAUGCUUCCGUUCUGACUGCUAAACCAUGCUUACUAGAACCCGUUUAUCUGGUAGAAAUUCAAGGUCCAGCCACUGCUAUGGGAGGUAUCUACAGUACAUUGAAUCGCAAAAGGGCCAUCACACUUUCAGAAGAACGAAAAAGUGACAGUCCAAUGUGUAUUACCAAAGCUUACAUGCCGGUUAAUGAAUCUUUCGGUAACUCAUUUUUGGUAACUUAAUAUUGUUUUAGGCUUCACGACUGACCUCCGCGCUGCAACUGGUGGGCAAGCUUUCCCUCAGUGUGUCUUUGACCACUGGCAAAUUUAUCCUGGUGAUCCUCUCGACGAAAACUCAAAACCUGGACAAGCAGUUGCAGAGGCGCGAAAACGUAAGGCUCUCAAAGCAGGCGUUCCUUCCUUAGAUAACUUCCUGGAUAAACUAUAAAACCCGAUCUUGUACAAUGUCUUAAUUACUCAAUAAAUUGAUUUCUUGGCUUGCGGGUUUCUCUAUCAACAGUUUAAUGUUUGUCCUUAAAGUAUUUUGUUGAUUUUAAGUUCUAGUCAUUGUCGCUUCUUGGGAUUCAUGGUACAUUAUUGUGCUUCCCAAAACACUCAAAGACGACAUGUUAUUUGUCCUAAUCUCUGAUAGUUACCAACUUUAGGCUAUUCUGUUCCACUGUCCAGAUGAUGGUUAUAUUUUGUUGAAGAUAUGUAGAUGGUAUGAUGCUACUUCACAGCGUACUGCAACCCAAAUGUUUAUAAGAGUUAGGAAACAAGAUAUAUUUUGACGGUUUGAUUUACAGUAUGAUUUUCGAAUGGUCUGAGUGAUGAUUUAUUGUUACUAGAAUCUUAUGUGGUUUGAACAACGGUUGUCAGUUCGUAGCUUAAUCGCUGAUUAGUGUUAUUUCAUGUCGGUUUGGUAAAUCAGGUACUUUGCGUAGGUCUAAUUGAACGUGAUCCUUCUCCAAAGCGUCUCCUCCAUAAUUGUUAUUUCACCGGUACGUAAUAGCUGUUGACUUGUAUACCCACAAACAGUCAUAUUGAAAGUCGCGAUUUAUUGUGGUUGCGUUGUCAGAUUUCUAGAUAGGAAGUGUGCUUUCUAUUUCGUGUUCCGAAAAAUAUAAGAAACUGAGGUUUUGGCCGACUCAAAUCUAAUCAGCUAUUAACCGUAUAAGCUAGUCGAGUGACAGCUCUUGAUAAAUCAUUCGUUUGCUAAGUAUGUAUUCCUCUGAACCAUUACUUAAAGGUGACAAAAUACAAAAUGGCUCCUUAAAUCGGGGUAGGCGGUAGGGUUGUGCCCUGUUGUCAACAUUCAAGUACUCGUCGCCGUCUAAUUCUUACCUUCGGUUGGUCAAAUGAACAAGACUAGUCAUCUGAUAGUGAUUGGCGGUUUACGAUCUUUCAUGUGAAUCCCCAUCGAUUAAUUCGCUAGUAACCCGUGUCAUCAAUUUGGUGUAAGUAUGACGGAUAUUAGGUGCGGGAAUUAGGGCCUGAAGGAUAGUAAGUACUUCGCGCGGUCGUCAUUUCUCCUGAUCGCACAUCUUCGAAAUGAGCGGUGAUAGAAGUUAUGCACGGUGACAAUCUGGUUGAGGAAAGGUAGGCUUUGAUAUCUCGUACAGUCAUACACGGGUGUUUGUGGAGAAAUAAACGUUACGAUUUCCAAGUGUUGCAGGUUGAUGUCCGACCAAAGUCUUGUGGCUAAAUAACUUGCAGCUUUUCGGUCACCCCAAUGAAUUGAAACUUGUACACUAAUAACUGGAAAAGCUGGUGGAUCUAUGAAAGUGAAGUAGAGAUGUUACCAAGUAUCGAGACAUAAAGGUCGGGGAUUGAUCCUCGAUUCGGACGUGGAUACCCACUCUCAAGGAGUCUUACACCAGGAUGAAGUAGCUGAUAUCUAAAUACAACCAUUCCGUAAUGAAAAGUUAACAAUCUCCUCAACCAUCUUAUACUGUUAACCUUGUUUGAAGACUUCAAUCGAAAGACGAUCGUGUGAUUAAAUAAAUAUUGACAUUGCAGAAUUCCGUGUAGCCGCACUGGAAAUAUAGUACCUGUUAGCAGUUAUAAAGUGUGAAAAUUCAACGCCGAUUGGUUCUCGUUACCUGACACUCCCCGAAGUGCCCUGGUACGGCUGAGAGUGGGGAGAGUCCGCUCUCCCACUCGAAAUGCUCUCACAUGGCCACGCGUAUA